AUCUACCGGAGAGACUCAGAUAGAGUUACCGUUCCUGCCGCCGCACUGCUUUCUCUCUUCACGGGGAGAGUCCGCGCGCUCUUUAUCCUCCACUCCGUUUGAUCUUCCGUCUUCAUCCUCAUCCUCCUCCCCGGCUGGAGCGGCGCGGUGUCCCGCGGGGUCCCGGACUGUGUGCUGCGGCUCGUGCGCGCCUCUGAUCGGUGCAGCGAUGCUGCUGAUUGGCUGUGUCCUGUUGGCUGUGUGUUCAGCGGCGCCACCUGCACACAUCAACCGCCUGGCACUGUUCCCUGAUAAGAGCGCCUGGUGUGAGGCCAAGAACAUCACACAGAUAGUGGGGCACACGGGGUGUGUGUCUCAGUCCAUCCAAAACAGAGCGUGUUUGGGACAGUGUUUCAGUUACAGUGUACCCAACACCUUCCCUCAGUCCACUGAGUCUCUGGUGCACUGUGACUCGUGCAUGCCUGCGCAGACGCAGUGGGAGGUGGUGACUCUGGAGUGUCCCAGCAGCGUGGAGACUCCGCGGGUGGAGAAGUUGGUGGAGAGGAUUCUGCACUGCAGCUGUCAGUCGUGUGGUAAGGAGCUCGGUCAGGAGGGGGCGCUGCUGCAGCUCUACAGCCCCGACAACACACUCGAUCCCGACACACACAGCGCACACACUGACACACACAACUCACACACAUCCACACACGGAGACACACACACGCAAGGCGAGCCCAACACACACACAGCUGAGGGAGGAUGAACACUCACUGACUUUACCUGAACGCGCGCGCGCACACACACACACACACACACACGCUAUAUGUUCACUCAUGUAUAAAUGCACACAUC